AGUGAAGCCCCACAAAAGGAGGCCACCACUGAGCCACUUACGGGUAAAACACGUCCCGACCAACACAGCAUAUCACAUAUAAUCCUUCUCUUCCAUUCCCUUCUUCUUCCAUAUCAAACCCCCAAAUAGACCAAAAAUAUGGCUCACCGCAACACCCAGCGGCGCAUCUUAGUAGACCCAGAAUCGAAGGUAUCAUCCAUGGAUCCCACCUUCAAAAGGCAACCUAAACCCACCACUUCUCACCACCUAACCACAAACCCAGAUCCUAAAAUGCCCUCUAAACCCUCUUCCAUGUCAAACAGCUUCUCUAGACUCAUCACAAUUCAUAGGCCCAGGUUAUCACAGAAACCCACCGCCCAACAGCAGUCACUUCCUCCUCUUGUAGACACCCAUUUGCAAGCCAAAGCUAUGUCAGUUUCUGCCAUGGUCGAUGAUACUUCCAAGUAUUCCUUUACUAAGGGAAAUGAUGUUCUAUCCAAGACAGAGAAACAUAGCAAAGCAGCAGCUAAGGAUGUUCGUAAUAAAGAUAAGUAUAGGAAACCAAUGAAAGAAGUGGAUAAGAAGAAAGUUGAGGAGGUAGUUGUAGAGGAAAAGAAAGAAGCCAAUGAGGAUUUGAAGAAUAUUGGUCAAGAAGGUGAAAAAAUGUUGGAAAGGAAGAAACUUCCGGUUUCAUUAGGCUUGAGCGGUGGAAGGAGGAGAUCUCUCUGUGGCUCUCAUGUUAAUUUGGCUGAUGUCUUUGCUAAUACCGGUGUCAAAGUGGUUGCUGUUGACAUGCCACCGUUUAUGCAGAUCCAUGCUGUGGAAUGUGCUAGAAAGACCCAUGAUAGCUUAGAAAAGUUCACCUCCAAGACCCUUGCUUUAACUCUCAAAAAGGAAUUUGAUGGGAUAUACGGACCAGCAUGGCAUUGUAUUGUGGGAACGAGUUUUGGGUCCUUUGUUACUCAUUCAGUAGGUGGGUUUCUGUAUUUUUCAAUGGAUCAAAAGUUGUAUAUCCUUUUGUUUAAGACCACUGUACAAAUAGCAGAUUGAAAUAUUGAACAAAUCAUCAGAAGUUCAAGAAAUCUUUAGCGUAGGGACUUUAGCGAAAGCAAAAAAGAAUAGUUCAAAUCCUUCUAGCUUGUAUAUUAGUUAUCCAAUGGAAGAGCAAAAAACAAAAGAAAGAGAGAGAAUAACAAGUUUCUCCCCUUCUUCUUUUUUGUCCAUGGACCUUUUUUAAUUUGUCUAAAAGGCAUUUUAAUUUGCUGCAAUUGUGUAUCACACAAGCACUAGUGAUAUAAUAUUUGGUUCCAAGUAUUUUUCAUUGUUCA